AGUGAUGCUGGUGAUGAAGAUGGUUUCGAGGAUGUAUUGACGUCCGGAAGAGAUGGUGCCACUGGUCCCAUUGACAUUCCUCGGCCUAUCAAGAAAACCAAAACCGGCGAUGAAAACGAUGAUCCAAACCUUGUUGUUGAUAUAAGAGAUGAUGACGAGAAUCCGGAUGUUGCUUUUGAUGACCCUGAGGGACGCUCUAGAAAUCCUGUACGCAGAGUUAAUUCUAGUCCCGAAAUGAGUUCAAAUUGGAAAAGUCAGUUUUUAAGUAAAAUUAGCAAAGAAGGACCCACCGGAAUACCGACCGAGGGCCAUGACAGUUUGUUGGAAGGUGACGUUCAGCAAAAGAAAAAGAACUACAGCAAAGGCGUCAGUUGCGAAGCGAUUCCAGAAGAAAUUGCUGGAUCUACUCCUCCCAGUGUUCCACGAAACGCUGCUCAUAGUGAAAUUAGUGACAAUGUAACUGUCCGUGCAUCAGGAAAUGUUAAACACCAAGGUGAUUUCCAUGCGCCGGGAGCCACAUUGCAUCCUUCUGCGUCCCUUCCAGAAUCUGCCGGACCGGAAGCAUCUGCCAACGUUGUACCUCGGAAGCAACAUUCAGCGGAUGAAGCUUUUGCUGUUAAAUCUGAUGCAACCAGUUCAUCGACUGAAACCAUUGCCUCUUCGACUAUGAUGACACCAAUAACUCAAACGUUAUCUUCUUCAUCGCUGAAUUUGAAGCUCCCGAUGGAGAAAGUCACUACAAAACCACCGCAAUCUCCUGCUCCCCUUUCUCCAAGGCUGCUGGCGCGCAAUCCUAUCAACGGAAAGUUGUCCAAUUCAGGCACCGCCUCUCCAUCGUUCCCGGCUAUGGCUGCCGGUGGAAUGAGUCAUGGAAUGCAUUCCAACGAAAACGACUUACCCAGAGGACGGUCCAAAACAAUUUCUGUCGUGCGAGAGCAUUACAGCCGAGACAGCCUCAAAUUCAGCCGCAGCAGUCUCGCCAAUGCAAGAUUGCGUAACGAACAAUCCGGAGCAGGAGCUGCUUCGCGUUCCGUAAUCAGCCCGAGCUUUGUUUUCCUGCAACUUUAUCACAGUGGACAAUUCGGAACAUGCGAAAAACCUGUUCUCAUGGACAAAGAAGCUAGCGAUAGGGCCAUCACCUUGCUCGAUCUGAUCGCACCGUUCGAAAAGCACAAGAUCGGUGUUCUCUAUGUUGGCCCGGGACAGGCCGGAAGUGAAACCGAAAUCCUCAAGAAUCGCUACGGUAGCUUGCGGUAUGCGAAAUUUUUGAAAAAGCUUGGAACCUUGGUUGCAAUCAAAGAGGCUAAAGAGAACAACUUCUUCAUCGAUUUGGAAUCCAACGGCAAGGACGGCAACUUCACCUACAUUUGGCAAGACGACAUUGUGCAGGUAACUUUCCACGUGGCGACGCUGAUGCCAAACCAUAAACACGAUCCCAACUGUAACGAGAAGAAGAAGCAUAUUGGAAAUGACUUUGUAACUAUCGUUUACAAUGAAAGCGGAGAAGAGUACAACUUGAAAACCAUCAAGGGUCAAUUCGCGUAUGCUUGCGUGGUCAUCGAGCCAAUGGAGCUUGAGAGCAACCGGGUAUUCGUGCUCGCCCGAGACGAAAUAGCCCAGCACGUGUGCAGUAAGCCGAAAAUUGUUUCAGAUUCAAGCGCACCACUAUUGGCUCGUCAAAUGGCGCUACAUGCUAAUCUGGCCUCUCUAGUGUCGCAAUCGUUGAAGAUUAAAAACCAAAACCCCUACGCAUCCAAUUGGCUGGAACGAUUGCGUAAGAUAAAGAACAUUCGGGCCAAAGCGGCCAACCACUCGGAUCAAUUGCAGGAACAAUCCGGCGCCGGUGGAGGAACUCGAAGUGCUGGCGGAAGUAUUGGAUCAGCUCAGGAUCUCAGCACGACUUCAACCACCCGUGGCGAUGAUUUCACGCAAUAUACUCAGUAGGGUAAGUCAAUAUUGCUAUGGAUUAUGUGUUGGAUUAAUUAUUACACAAUAGGUACUACCAUUUCAAAAUUGCUACUAUCUACUAUUGAAGCGAAGUUUAAAAUAUCUGCCUGACGCUUUAGAUGUUAAUAUCUUGAAGCGUUAUCAUCGAAAAUUUAAAAAAAUCGAAAGAUUCAAAUAAACUACCAACAAUAUACUGUUAUAAAAAAAA